UUUUUACGAAAUGACUUGUUUCACUUGAGUAAUUUUUUGGAUGGUUAUAUCUUUUUACUUUUACUUUUAUUUGAGUGAAACAUGUUGAAGUAGAGCCACUCUUCCUUGAGUAAAUUCUUGGGUACUCUACCCACCUCUGUAAAAUGCAUCAAUAUUUGAAGAAAGGUUGCCACACGCCAUCUUUGGCAACAAACUAUGUUCUUUUGCUUUGAUGCAAAGAAGAAAAAGAAAUCCUGAUACCAAACUGUUGGUUGGUCAAACCGAUACUGACAUCUUGUGGAGACACACAGCUACACAGUGUGCACAAUUAUUAGUCAAGUCUUAUUUUUGAGGAUUAUAUUUAUGCUGCCUAAUUAUCCGCCGCACACUCCAGCCCAGUUGGUGGCGGUAGUGCGUCCAUAAACUGGUCUGACACGCGCCAGAAGAUGGAAGAAGAUAAUGAGCGAGAAUAACAACAACUAUGGCGGCUGAAUGACACGGCUCGGUGCCCGAGGUGUCUACUCGAACAUUUCCAUUUCCCGUGCGGACAGAAAGGUUGUUUUGGAUCCAUUUAUCUGAAACCGCCGACAGGGUUGCUACUUCCGCUGAAGAAUACAAUGAAGACACGCAGCCCAGCUGAGUUUCCAGGCCGACCCAGUCCCGAAGCAAUGCGACCUCCCUUAACGCAGUGCCUGAAAAUAAAGUGAACUUCUCACUGACCACCAGUUCUACAACCAGACAAGAAUCUCCCAAAACAGACCAGGACUUCAGCAAAAUAUGGAGAACCACUGCGAAGCACAACCUGCAUGGGUAAAAGGAGAAAAGGAAAUAUUAGAAUCUCUGCGAAUGAAAGAAAAUUGUGAAGAACCAGAGCCUCUUUUCAUUAAAGAGGAGCUAAAGAAACCAGGAUCACAAAUAAAAGAUGAACAAGAAGAAAUGGAGCUUAAGCAGGUAAAAGAGGAACCAGAACCUUUGCAGAUAAAGACCAAACAAGAAGAAAUAGAACUUGAGCAAAUGAAAGAGGAGAGAGCAGAGGCCGAACCUCCACAGAUAAAAGAUGAACAAGAGGAACUCAGUAUAGCGCUAAAGAAAGAGCGGCUAGAACUAAAACAGCUGACUGAUACCUGUACAGUAAAUGCCACCUAUGGGGAAAAGGACCUCUGGGAACCAGAUUCAAACAGGGAACUUCUUCUCAAGAUAUCUUUAGAACCUGAGAACAAAAUUUAUGAGAUGGGCAAUGAUGAAGACUCAAGAUCGCGUAGCGAUGAAGAACUGAAUCAAAAUGAGAGAUGUCAGAAAAGUAUAGAUCAAGAUGACAAUGUAGGCAAUCCAAACACAAAACGAUUGCCAAAAACACACAUGAAUGAUAAUUUGUCUUCUUGUAAAGUAUGUGGUAAGUUAUUUGCACGGUCGUAUUUGACAGAGCACCUGAGAAUUCACACAGGUGAGAGGCUUUUCUCAUGUGCUACCUGUGGAAAACGUUUCAUUACUGGAAGUAAGUUAAAAAUUCACUUCAGAACUCACACGGGUGAGAGGCCUUUCUCAUGUUUGACUUGCGGAAAAAGUUUUAGUGAUGGAGGAAAUUUAUCAAAGCACAUGAAAACUCAUUCAGGUGAGAGGCCAUUCUCAUGUUUGACUUGUGGAAAAGGCUUCGCUAAUAAGGGAAAUUUAUUUCAGCAUGCAAGAACUCACAUGGGCGAGAAACCUUUCUCAUGUUUGACCUGUGGAAAAGGUUUUGCCCAGCAAAUUCAUCUGAACGACCACAUGAGAGUUCAUACAGGUGAGAAGCCUUUCUCAUGUACAAACUGUGGAAAAAGUUUCAGUGAAAGAGGAAAUUUAUUUCAGCACAUGAGAACACAUUCAAGUGAGAAGCCUUUCUCAUGUUUGACUUGUGGAAAAAGUUUUACCCAGCAAAUACACUUAAGUGAUCACAUAAAAAUUCACACUGGUGAGAAGCCGUUCUCAUGUUUGAGCUGUGGAAAAAGUUUCCGUCGUAGCAGUCACUUGACUGUUCAUAUGAGAACUCAUCCAGGUGAGAAUCUAUAAGUCAUAAGAUUUAUUUUUAACAGCUGAAGUACCGGAUGUGAAGUUCUUCAUAUGAAAUCUGCCUUCUUUGGAUUUAAGCUUUAGCCAAUAGUUUGCUGGUUUUCUCCACCGACAAUCUUGCUUUCUAAUAAGGACAGGAUGUUAAACUUAAGAUCUCGUCAACUCAAACAAACAAACAUGACCUCCAGGGUUUGUGUUUAAAACAAAAAAAAA